GCGCUAUCUUAAAAAUAAACGAAAACUCACAGCUGACGCUCUUCACUGAAGCUCUUCGGUUGUUUACAGUUUUACCCCAUUAGCUUCAGUCAUAUAGCUCUCUCAAUAAAACCUCUUAUUUCCAACAUGGGAUGCGAUGGCGGAACGAUUCCUAAAAGACAUGAACUAGUUAAAGGACCGAAAAAGGUUGAAAAGGUCGAUAAAAAUGCAGAACUCGCUGCCAAAUGGAAAUACUGUGCAUUGAGUCAGGAGAAGCUGAAGCGGCCCAUAGUCGCCUGUGAGCUGGGCAGGCUGUAUAAUAAAGAUUCGAUCAUUGAGUACUUGCUGGAUAAAUCAGCGGAGAGGCCGAACACUGAGGUUGUGGCGCACAUUCGUGGCAUCAAGGACGUGAAGGAGCUGAAUCUCACUGACAAUCCUGCGUGGGAGGGCGAAAGGCGGAACAUUAAAGGGGACCGUUAUGAAGACAUGCACUGUGCCAUGUUCAUCUGUCCUGUGGUGGGACUUGAAAUGAAUGGAAAACACAAGUUUUUCUACCUGCAGACCUGUGGGUGUGUUUUCUCAGAGAGAGCUCUCAGAGAAGUCAAGACCGAGAUUUGCCACAAGUGUGGAGAUCCUUUCCAAGAAGACGACCUUGUGGUGCUGAAUGGGACUAAAGAGGAAGUGGAGAAGCUACAGAAGGCUAUGGAGGAGCGCCGAUCAAAGGCUAAAACUGCAAAAAAAUCAAAGAAGAGCAAAGAUACUAAAGUCUCCAAGAAACAGGAUUCAGCAGAAAGCUGUGAUUUACCCCAAAACACCUCAGAGACUAAAUCUACAUCACUGAAUGGAGACGGCAGCAGUGAAUCAGCUCCGGGACCAUCCACAUCCGGAGAGAGCUCGAAGACGGUAAAGGCUCCCGUGGGUCCCGUUGCCGGCAGCAAAAGAUCAAUCCAGGACAUGAAGGACAAAUCUGAGACCUAUAAGUCGCUCUUCACCUCCCACAGCUCUGCCAAACGCACCAAAGACCAGAUCUCCAACUGGGUCACACACACGCCUUACCACUUUUGAGUGAAGCUCGCUCUCUAGUGGUCAGGCGACAGUUGACACCAUACUAUCUGGUGGAUUGAUGCAUUGUUUUAACCUAUUUCUUUUUCACCAUCAGUAACAUUUAGGUUUUUUUUUUUUAUUCUAUCAUCUUAAUUUUGUUGCAUGCUUAAGUUUUCAUUUAGUAUACCCAGUGUUAAAUGUCUUUGCCAUUAUCAUUAUUUGAACAGAUUAUGCUUUGCAGCAAUAUCUUGUUUUAAAACUCUUAACUUCAGUAACUAUUGCAGUAAAACAAGUUUAUAGGCAGACGUCUCUGUAUGUUUUGAAUGUGUUCCUGAAGCAUUGAGUGUUACUGAAAUAACCCUCGAGUUACAGUAGUUAUGCAUUGUACUUUUAAAGAUGCGUUAUUUGUGGAUACAAUAAAGGUCCAAUCUGGGAAAACUCGA